AUCCAGUCCGACUACCUGUGUGCCAGUUUCCGGGAGCCGUCUGUAAAUACGGAUGGGCAUGGUAUCCUCCGGGUCGUUAGCAUCACCUUUGAACAGCCCACGCACUAGUUCAUGACUAUUUGAUGGCACGGAUAUUUACACGCAGGCAAAGCCGUUGAAAAGAGACAAAAGCAAGGAUAGUGUGACUUCGUCGUAGGAACCUAAGAGCAAGAGAGAGAGGGGGGAGUGGAAAGUGGGAGCCAUAGAGGAUGAUGUAUGUGUACUGCCCUCUUGUGACGUAACACGCAAUUAAAAAAAAAAAGAACCAAACCACACACACACAUCACCAUGGGUAUCCGCCACUCCAAGAAGUCCGUCGACAUCCAGUCCAGCCCCAAGAAGAACGGCAGCACAGAGACCGAGGUCAAGGUCAAGGAGCUGACCGAAGACGCCCCCGUGAAGGCCGAAGACGCCAAGAGCGGAGAGACCAUCGAGGAGGUGGCUGAGAAGACCGCGGCCCCCAAUGGCGACGCCACAGCGGAACAGACGCAGGUCGAGAACGAAGUGAACAAGGAGGACAACAAAGAGGCGGAAAAGAAGGAAGAAGAAAAGAAAGAGGAGGAAAAGAAAGAAAAGAAGGUCAAGAAGAAGAAAUCAUUCAGGUAAGACAGCAGACAGACCAACAGCCGUUCAGUCAGUUCUUCCAGU